GCUGGCCUGGGCUCGCCGUGCCGCUGGCGCCUGGGUGCUGGAGCCCUCCUGCUGCUGGAGAAUGGCGUGGAGACGGUGGACUUGCUGGACUCCCUCGCGAUGUUGCGCAUGUGUCUUGCCCCGCAGGUGGCGCUCUGCCGACGUCGACGGGAGGGACGCCUGCCGCGCAGCCUCCGCUUGCUGGACCUCAUCGUGUUCGGCGUGAUGGGAGUCCACGAAUUGCCGCUCGAGCUUGUGAGGAUCGGCCUGGAGUUGCUGGACUUUGUCUGGACGCGCGCGCUGAUAGUCCACGUAUUCUCGAGCCUACCGAUGCCGCCCUCCCUCGUCCAGUUCCUGGGCCGCGUGGGCCAGUCUUCGGUGCCCGACCUUGGGGUGGCCAUCUUCGCCCGCUUCCUGGGCAACCUGGCCGCAUCUUUUGGGGGCGCGCUCACGGCUGGGCCGCAAUUCAGCGGGACUGGCAACGAGCUUCCUUUUUUGGCGGCCGACAGAGCUGCCCUGGUUGACGGUGCCGCGGCAGGGCCCCAGAACAACGGACCCGUCUUCAGCGACAUGGCGUAUCUCUGGGGGUUCUACGCCGAGGGCUUGCUGGAUAUUCUCU